CUCAAGUCCUGAGCCAAGAUCGGACAGAUCCAGAUGCUCCAGCUGUCCCGGCGGAUUUUGUUUCGUUUGUUCUUUCAUUUCAGGAUGUUUGGACACUCAGCACUGUAAACUCAGCAGGUUUCUCCAAAGUCAGCCACUGUCUAUCACCACUGCAUCUGAACCAUAAAAGCACAGAAACCCCUCAAAGCGUGGCUGUGCAGACUGGUCUGUGGAUGUGAGUGCGCACUGAUGCUGAGCGGGAGUUCAGUUUGGAGAAGAGAGGCACGCAGGGAAGACGCGCUUUGCCCGGACUUAUCCUCCCUGUCGUCCCUCCGUUUGCAGCUCACACAGGCUGAUGCUUGAAGAAAAGUGACAUGCAAACAGGGAUGAAGGCGCAGAAGUGGUAGAUGAGCUGCGACUCCGACGCACGCACAGAUCCCGCAGGUUCAGCUCGGCGGUCUGGUAAGAACUGAAAACAAAAGCAAAAACAAACCAACAAAACAACAACAAAAAAACAAAACAAAAACAAAACAAAACAUGAAAUCCAGGAGUCAGGACCAGAGUUUGUCAGACUCCAGAGAGCUGGACAGAUCUUACGACCCGCUUACAGGUAAUCCUCCAUCCAAACCCAAUAAAAAGACCAUAAAGCAGCGAUUCCUCAAACUGCUUCCCUGCUGUCGCUCUGGCUCCAGCCCUUCAGUUAAUCAAAGAAGUAUAACUGAUGAUGGUGAACUGUCAACAGUGUGUUACAGACCAGAGGGCCUUGACCGUCUCGUAGAGCUGACCAAGUUCAGCAAGAAAGAGCUGCAGGUCCUUUACCGGGGAUUCAAAAAUGAGUGUCCCAGUGGUGUGGUGAAUGAGGAGACCUUUAAAAACAUCUACUCACAGUUCUUCCCUCAGGGAGAUUCAAGUAUGUACGCACAUUUCCUGUUUGAGGCCUUUGACACCCAGAACAAUGGAGCGGUCAGCUUUGAGGACUUUGUAAUAAGUCUGUCCAUCAUCCUGAGAGGCUCCGUCACUGAUAAACUCAACUGGGCCUUUAAUCUGUACGAUCUCAACAAGGACGGCUGCAUCACCAGAGAGGAGAUGACAGACAUCAUGCACUCCAUCUAUGACAUGAUGGGGAAGUACACCUUCCCCAGUAUGAAGGACAGCGCUCCCAAGGACCAUGUCGACAGCUUCUUCCAGAAAAUGGACAAGAACAAUGACGGGGUGGUCACCAUCGAGGAGUUCCUGGAAACAUGCCAAAAGGAUGAAAACAUCUUACAGUCCAUGCACAUGUUUGAUAACGUGAUCUAAAGCUUGUCAGACGCAGAUAUGACAUUUCCCGCCUGCUUGGAGCUCCUCUGUAGUACAGUUCUUCAGCCACCCGCCGGAGUGGGUGGCGUUUCUGGGCACAGUGGUGACCUUUUCUUAAACUAUGUCAGUGAACUGAUUGGGCAGAAUCAAUGAGAUGAAGUCUUGCUCCUAAAUGACUCACGUGAAAUGGAGUUUUAGCUUUUUUGUUAGAGUAAGUGAAGGCAUGAAAAGGUGAAUUAUGGCGUUUAAGAAAAUUAAAGAUUGAUGAUUGAUGAUUGAAACUGUAUAAGAGCGAUUCAGUAUAAAUAAGCAUCGGUGAGUCAACUGCAGUUUCAGCAUCCUGUGACUUCUCCACUCAUGCAAACAACGGUUAUUUCUCUGUUGCAUGUAUGAUACACAUGAGUGAGAGAGAGAGAGACUGAAUGAGGAAACAUGGAACAAAUGGAAUAAUAUCACACACUUUCUACACUCAGUUAUACUACAUUAAGGGACAACACCAAUUAUGGGAAGUAUGAAUUUUAGCAAUAAUCUUAAAGUAACAUGCUAUCAAAUCUUCUCCUCAGUGUUCUUAUGGAGCUCACCUCUCACAUUUAUUAUACAACUGUAUAUUGUGUCUGCAUGAUUUGUCUAUUUUGACUGGCUAUUGAAAAGUGGGACUAUAUUUUCUAUAUGGACAUGGUCACAAUGAUGAUGAAAUUGAAUAAAACCACACAGUUGCUAUGCAAAAGCGCAUAAUUAAUGUAUUAUUGACCAACAGGAACAUUACACCCACUUCUUGUCACAGAUUUUUCAGCCACAGGUUCAGAGGUCAUCCUUCGCAUUUUAUAGUUGUUUCUUUUUUCUUUUGCAGAAUGUUCUGAACUCUCCUGAGAGUUUUUUCUUGUGUGCAGUGAAACAAACACUCUAUUUAUCUCAUUAUGUUACAAAGGGCGGGGGCAUUUCAUACUGGACAUCAGAGCUGCAGUAGGACUAGAGGAGCUUUUCCCUCAAUUGGUUUAUCAAUUUCAAUAAUUCGCACUUCAUCUGUGUUUCUCCCCAUCUUACAAUUUGCUGUCAUGACUUCCAUCCAUCCAUUAUCUAUACCACUUAUCCUCUUAAAGGUCAUGGGGGAGGCUGGAGUAAAUCCCAGUAGCAUAUCACAGGGCUGACAAUAUAGAGACAAACAACCAUUCACGCUCACAUUCACACAAAUGGACAAUUUAGAGUCACCAAUUAACCUACCAUCUGCAAUGUCUUUGGACUGUGGGAGGAAGCCAGAGUACCCAUACAGACAUGAGGAGAACAAGCUCCACACAGAAAAGCCCCAGCUGAAUUCAAACCUUCUUGCUGUGAGGCAACAGUGCUAGCCACUGCACCACCGUGCCGCCUUUCCAUGACUUAUUUACACUGUAAAUAAGAGAAAGAACAGCUGGGGAGCACAACAAGGCAAAACGAUGAGUUUUGGCUACUAUUAGGAGACCAAAUAAAAACACAAGUUUGUCUUGUAGUCAGAGCAGAAAGACAACAAAAGAAGAUGCACUGCUGCCAACUCAAAAAUGGUUUGUGAGUGAGAGACAGACAUAAAAGAGCUGCACAAAACAGAUCUGAAAACUGGAAAAAUAUAAAGAAACAGAAACUGGCUGAGCCCCCACAAAAGUCUGAGGUGAAGAGGAAAGUAAUGAUUAAAGUUAACUGUGAAAAGACAGAACUAAAAUCAACAACAAACUAAAUAUUUGAAAAUAUUCAUUGGUCUCCAAAAUCUACCCAGAUUUAACUGAAACACUGGCAAG